AUGUCGGAAUCUAGACAACAGGCUUCGGAUGGCGGCUCUCCGGCUAUCACUGCGAGCCGCCGGCUGCCAACACGGGUGUCUAACGCAUGCAAUAGAUGCCGUCGGAACAAGAGUAGAGUAGGUUUUAUCCAAAUCUUUUGUAAACAAGCGUGCUUGAUCGCUGAUAGGUGCCGUGCUCGCUAUGCGUGCGAGCCAACGUCGAUUGCGAGCAGGCGUCUUUGGACGAACACCCAAAAGGCAUUCAAAGUCGCAGUGAGCGUCGCGCAUCUAAGUUGCGAAACCACGAUUGGCCACAAUGUCCGCUCUGCAAUCAGCCUCCCAACGGAGCAACCUCUGUCUCCGGGGGAGGACUGUCUGGCAGGAAAUGUCGAGAAUGAUCGCAUUGCAGAAACGAUCACCCAACACAUUUCUUGGCCGUCGCUAGAUUAUGGGGAGUCUGAGUCUGCAAUGGGCAUCGCCCGUAAGAUUUAUCGACUGGGAAGCCAAACAAUUGAUGAGAACCAAACAUCAGCCAUUCCAGACGGUGGGGCGGGUACCCGGACUCCUCUCCCAAGGAAUGGUUGCCAGCGUCUUCCGAUAUCCACCAUUCUCGAUGGCCGCUUCCCUGACCUCGGCACGAUCCAUUUGCUAUUGGAAGAGUACUUCGAAGCUGUCCAUUGGUUCUCUCUCGUCGUUUACGAACCAAAGUUUCGUCGCCAGCUCCAGUCGAUUGAAGAUGGCUAUGCAUAUCCCUCUGAGGCACCUUUCCUGACUCUACUGUCGACAGUGCUGGGUAUGGCAGCAUGGUAUCAAUCGAAAAAGCGUCUCCAUGAUCAUAGUCAAGAUUGGAGGCUGUGGAGCGAUGAUUUACUCAAGAUAGUAGAGAUGCGACUGGUUCAGGUCAUGGAUCAGCGAUCUCUGGCAGCGGUGCAGACCCUCAUACUUCUAGGGUCACAUCAUGUGUACCACGGUCGACCAAAUCUGUCUUUUGCCCUGCUGGGUGCAACCAUCAAGAUGUCUCACGCCUUGGGUCUGCAUCGAAGACAAAAAGACGGAUCUUUUGAUGACAUCGAAGAGCGUAAGAGGGUGUGGUGGACUAUCUACACAUGGGAUAGAUUCGCCUCGAUCUCAUACGGGCGCCCUCUCAGUAUAAACGACGAAGACUACAACGUCGAUUUGCCGACAAAAUACACCGAGUCGCCAUUCUUUCAGUCAGAUCCUGCGCAAGCUCAUGUCACUGGUGUUUGCUACUCGCCAUAUCAGACAGAGCUGACACAGCUGUACCUCAUCGCAUCACCAGCGCUGAAGAAGAUAUUUGGUUCUUUGUCUGCACGCGCAACAUGCCAGUACUUCGACUCGGAGCAUCGCUCCCUCAUCACGAACGUGAUCCAGAGGCUAGUAUCAUGGCGUCGUCAUUUGCCUCCGGAGUUAUGCCUGGACUUGAAACGAGACUACGACCCGUCUACCACGGGAUGGAGUGUACGCGCGCAUCUGCUGCAGUCUUUGUCUUUACAGCUGACGUUCGACAACCUGCUGAUCGUGCUACAUCGACCAUUCCUGGCUCGGCAAUUAGAAAACCUUUCUUUGAGCAGUCCAGGACCGAAUGGUAGCAGCGUCGCAGAAAUGAUUUCGCCAUCAGCAAGCCACGGGGUCCCACAGAGCCUAACUUCCCAAGGCAGUGUCCAUUCGCCCCACGAGGAUCAGGAGUUCGGCAUCGAGCCAACGGCAAUUUCAGAACAAUGGUGGGACGCAGCAGUCAGAACUGCCAGCGUGACGGAGCUACCACAGCUCACUCAACUUGCCACUGAAAGCCACCUUGUAGCAUUUGUGGCCAUGAAUAUGUUCAACGCAGCGAUUGUGCUGAUUCUGGUCGCUCUUUCGGACCCGCUUUCCGACCAAGCCCAGGGGAUAAAAAGACCGAUCACGAAGGUCUUCAGGUUAGAAGAGCUCCUGGGCCAGAGAUCGUCGCUGUCAAGCCAAAGUAGUGCCGUGCUGAAGAAUCUCAUCCGCCUGCUUCUUCGACGCGAGGGCGAAGCCAUGAUCGGAACGGCUACUUCUAACUCAGCUAUGGUGGAUACAGCGGCGGCACCGCGGCCUCUCCCUGACAUCGACUCCAGGUCUGCCUUGUCGGAGCGGGCGUCUCACACCCAGCCUGAGUCCGUGAUUAAUAUUUUAAUUCACGGGCCAGACCAAGGGCAUGGGUCUAAUCCAAGCUUUGCACAGCGCCUGAAUGAGAGUCUGGCUUCGGUGCAGCAGAUUAUUCCACCGUUCCAACACGAGUACCUGGAGCCUAGCCUUGCGUCAGAGUCAAGGGGUGAGGGUGCAUUGCUGGGAGGCCAGUCGCAGCAUAUUGGUUAUGCAGCCGGGUCCUACCAGGGUCCUACGGAGUCAGAAGGACAGCAUGCAGUAGAUUAUGGGGCGAACGGUCUCUUCUGGCUUUGGGACUCUACGUGGAGCGGCCAAGUUCCGUAA